AGGAUGCGUCGCGUUGAGGCUGAAUUGUGCUGCGCAGCUGCCAUUGUGCGAUGGUGGCGGACGGCGGUGCAGUGAAAGUAGAUACCUGAGAGAUGGUGUGUGACGCGCUUAGUGCUACUGGCAUCAAUCUCGGGCCUUGCUAUUCAUCACCACACUGGUGAGAUAAAGAUUAUGUUCAACGAGAAUAGCUAAACCGUAGUGCAUUUUAUCGCUUGAGUUGAUAAGCUAGCGAGGGAGUGAUGAGAGAGAGAAUCCCAGCGGCCUUUGUGAUCCUGAGUUGAGAAUAGAAAAACUGCCCCAGUAACAAAAGAACUAACGGUACAUGAAAGAAAACUGCAGAAAACGGAACGAAAUCGGCCUCAAAUCCCUUGAUCUGCAACACAAGAUUGCCUGCCACACGCCACACCUCUCCGCUGCGCUAGUGGUGGUGUUUGGCCCUGUAUGUGUGUGUGUGUGUGUGUGUGUGUGUGUGUGUGUGUGUGUGUGUUACCAGCGAAGAGGGAAAUGCGAUACAACAGUUGAACAGUUGCCCGGUGGGAGAUAUAGCGUUCUUCCGUUAACCCUAGCGGUGCCAUAUAACCUAAGCUGUUGCGGCGCCCAAUGGAAUAAUUUUCAUGAUCAAGACUGACCUGUGUGUAUGCCAUCCUUGCAAACGUAAAUGAAAAUUGGAAGGGUAAAUGAAUACAGGAGCGAGGAACUGACGCAUUGUACUCGAGUAUCCUUGGGUGUGAGUAUUUUUUUUUUUUUUUUUUGUGUGUGUGUGUGUUCGUGUUGUAUUUACCAAAAGACGAAGAACAACUGCAACAAUAGCACCGCAACCACCACCACCACCACAGAGAAACGGACGCAUUGUACUUGAAUAUCCUUUGGUGUGAGUUUUUUUUUUUUUUUUUUUUGUGUGUGUGUGUGUAUGUGUGUUCGUUUUGUGUUGCGAGGAACCACUGCAACAACACCGCAACCAUCGCCACAAUAAACAACAGUUACGACCAGAAAAAAAAGAAAAAAAAAUGGCGACAUUGAGACCUCUUGUGUUAUAAACAGUGCGGACAUAAAAGGAAACACACAAGAACAAGUUAACUGAUAUCCCGCACUUAUUUGGUUGUUGUGUGUGUGUGUGAGAGAGAGAGAGAGAGAGAGAGAGAGAAAGUGAGUGCGCGUUUGUUUUGUGCUCGGAAGAAGAGAAGAAGAGGAGUAGCUAGCAUGGCGAUCAACGUUGUAUUUCCUCUGCUGAUUCCACUGGAGGAGGACGUUUACAAUGCAACGCGGCUCCUCUCUGUGAGUGGCGGGCCGCUGGUGUUCAGCCAGGCGAGGUACUGCGUGGUGGUGGCCGAGGAUACCCCACUCUCCUCCUCCCUCGCCACCGUCAAGGCCAUCCACAGUCAAGGUACUGUAGGUGCUGAGGUACGGUACACACUCACGCAGGGGAAGAUCGAGAGCCACUUCACCAUCAAUCCAUCCUCAGGCAUCAUUUACCUCGCGCAGCCGCUGGACUAUGAACUCAAGGACAAGCAUGAGUUUGUGGUUCGCAGCGAGGGCGGUGGGUCAGCAGCCCACGCCCUGGUGCGGGUCGUGGUGGCUGACGUGAAUGACAACCCACCUGUAUUCAUGCGACCAGAUCCACACGUGACGGUGAUUGAGGAGGACGAUCGCGACCUGCCUCUGCCCCUAGCCAAGGUGGAGGCUCAUGAUGCGGAUGACGUGGACGCUGGUCGCCUGCUGUACACCCUCUCUGGUGACGGUGUGGAUGGCUACACUCCUGAUGACGCUUACUUCGAGGUCAACUCCCGGAGCGGCGAGGUGAUGCAGAGGAAGGCGUUGGACAGAGACCCGCCAAAGGGACGUGACGUGUGGAAACUCAAGGUGACGGUGCGUGACGGGCAAAUGCUUUCCUCGGGAGCUUGGGACGAUCACUCGAACUUGGCCCCACUCGCCGCCUCCGCCUCCUCCACCUCCUCCUCCGCCUCCUCUCGCAUUAGAAGGCUCGCCCGCUCUACUGACGGAGGAGCGCUGGUAAGACUGGACGGAAAGAGAGCUGAAGUUAUAUCUGAGGAGGUGAUAGUGAAGCGGGACAGUCACAGUGGUGUUGAUGGUGAUGGUAGUGACAGUAGCAAGGAUAGCAGUGCACAUAACGAUAGCUGGGAAAGUAGUAGACGUAGUAGUAGUAGUAGUAGUUACAGUAGUAGUGGUCUUGGAAUUGUUAGUGAUGAUAACGAUAUCUUUACUAUUACUAUUACUACUACUACAGCUGCUGCUAAUGCUACUUCCGGUUCUGUUCGGGCUGUCACCCUCAGUGACCAGAGAGAGAUUAAAAGUACUCUUGGGGAAACGACACAGGGCCAAGAAAGUAUAUUCCGUCUUAGCGGAGAGGAAUUAGACUCGGGGGAGCAUAAUUCGGGGACAGCAUUUCGUCGGCGAUCCCAUUUAGCGCCUAACGACACCCCGGAGUCGUGAUGGAAGACG